UAUCCAUCCGCGCAACAUUCUACACCUCUGUAUUGUUCAAUCCUGAAAUAUUAAUAAGUGUCGGGAUUGAUUUUACAAUAUAUAUCUUAAUCAAACCUUUCAUUAGAAUUAAUGUGUGUAUCUCUCUCAAUAAAGGCGUAUUAGCAAACCGCGCGCUUACCACCCUGUUCUCCAACAGGGGGCAGUUCAUUCGCAUGGUUUAGCAUUGUUUAUCUAAUUUACUGCCUGCAUUUUGUCAGAAGUUUCAUAAAUGAAUAGGAAACAGAAAAGAAAUUCGACUCGUACAUCUUCCACUCAACAGGAUAUUGGUAAAGAUCUUAUACAGCUACUGGCGCAUUUCGUAUCAUUUGACUGGAAAAACAGCCCGUAUCGAAAAACGUAACCGGUGCAAAAUUAACAAAACUUUUUCUUUAGAAUUCCUCUUGAACACAACUCUAUUUUCCGCUCAAACGGGUGGAAUUUAAUAAUUUACGACACUUUUAAACAAAAGUUGAAUCGAUUUGGGAACUGAGGAGGGAUUGCUACAGAACUCGUGCAUCUUAGCGCGGUAAUUAGUGGGUGAGAUAAUCAGACCUGUUACCUAGGGCUGAGUGGCUGAAGGGACACGGAAGACGGAAAUCUGAACCUACAACUGGAUGCUAUCUCAGACAUGGUGAAAGAAAAUCAUUAUAACUAGGUUCGUUAACAAUGGUAAAAACGAGUUUACCUGACAUCUAAGGGAGAAGUCACGUUCCGUGCCUCACACCGUCAAUCACAAACCCUCCUUAUUUGAGUAUGGAGAUAAGUUAUUAAUAUUCAGAUAGUUUCCGUACUGGAUUCCGAAUUUUCUAUGCUACAACCUCGAGUGACAUUACUUGUAAACUUUUUUUUUCAAUGGUUGAACACUUUCAGAUUUUAGGAACAGUAGUUUAGUGAAUUUAAGAUAGGAUGCACCAAGACGAGCCAUUUUGUGCAAUUUCAAAGGUACAAGUAAGAUUGCUCUGAUCCCAUCUUCAUCUUUUUUUUCAUUCUUGGUGGAUUUAAACGAUUUAUUCACCCAGCGUCUUCAAAACAACUUCGUUAUUACACUUUAAUAUUCAACAGAUGUCUGUGGGAUAACAUGAGUCGGUUUUUGGAGGGAUAUGUGAGCUUCAUUAAGGAACUUAUCAGAGUUAAGUAGCAGUUUGUGGACCUGACUUUUUAACUUUAAUUACAUUAAGAUGAAAAUCAAGAUAGAGCUGAAAUUAUCUCGCUUCAUCUGGCUGUUUGAUUCCCUGUUGAAAGUUCUGUUGGCUCUAGAAGACGUGGCUGUAUACACUCAGCCUGUUUUUGAGGACCCAUCUAACGUCACAGCAAUAGCCGGGAAUAACGCCAAACUCCAGUGUAAAGUUCACCAUCUAGAAAACUACACGGUGGCGUGGGUGAACCCCCGGGGGACAAUAUUGACCCGUGGGUACCUUAAGAUAACAGACGACACAAGAAUCAGCACAGACAGAAACGUGGACGAGGAUUGGAACAUCAUCAUUCGGAACAUCUCGUUCGAGGACAGAGGGUUCUACAACUGUGUGAUUAACACGGCGCCAUUUCCAUCAGUAAACAGGGUCCAUCUUCACGUGAUUGUGCCGCCUAGAAUCAUUGGGAGAGUUGUCCACGCACCUGUCGUGGUGAGGGAGGGAGAGACAGUCACGCUGGUCUGCAAUGCCACGGGGUACCCACUCCCCAAGAUCCACUGGUUCCGUGACAGAACAACAAAUGAUUUCAAACAAGCUUUUGAUACAGUAUGGAGGGAUGGGCUCUGGUACAAACUUCUUAAAAGUGGAAUAAAUGUGACAGAUUUGCCUGGGGAUACCCUUGUUAUCCGUAACAUAACGCGACACUGCGCUGGGGAAUACCAGUGCAGGGCAAACAAUGGGCUGUCCAAGGAGGAUACCCGGGUAUUUAAAGUUGAAGUCCACUUUGCCCCCGAGGUGAAUAUGCUGAUACCGAGGCUGGGUAUCACCCUGGGGUCAGAGACGGUGCUAGAGUGUAGCUGCUCCUCGUCCCCUAUCGGGGUCUGUGUGUGGAAGAAGGACGGCAGGGACCUUAGAAUCUCCGGCAAGUACGAGCUCAACCCCUACAACGAGGGCCGUGAGACCAUCACGCUGGGCCUGACCAUAUCCCACAUCCAGGAGGAGGACCUGGGCAGGUACGAGUGCCACGCCCAAAACGAACUAGGGCAGGACAGUGGUUAUACCGAUUUGUAUGAAUACAGACCUCCGGUGCCGCCCACCCAUGCUCCCACUGCUCGUCCGACCCCCAGACUGAUCACCCCAGAUUCUGGAUAUCGCCCGGUGCCGACGAAAACACAAAAGAAUAUCUUUGAUGAUGAAAACUUUGUAUUUUUUAGACCAUCAACCAUUAAAACACCAUCCAAAUACUCCUCGGAGAGCCGAAGUAGCAGUCUGGGCGUGGCUUUCUGUACCCUGGUGAUCGGAUUCAUCGGUCUUCACUUCUUUACCAGUCUGUCAUUGUGAACUUACACGCUUGUACAGAUAUACCUCAAUUUUCCAAACCAAAGAACUCAUAAAUGAAGAGCAAAUGAAAACAAACCGGAUGCUUCAGGUGCAUGUGGAGAUUGCUUUAAUUUGUUAUAUAGAUUGUGUGACCUGUAUUAGGUCGAUUAUUUUCAACUAAAACCUGUACAUCACACAGUGUGCGAAGAAAUGUUCAUUAACUUAGCUUGAGUAGCACGCCGUUCUGUUUCCAUUUCAAAGUUGUCAAUAGAUGCCUGUAAUUUUAACAAAAGCGGGAAAAUGGACGCCGCGUGAUGGCGGCAAAUAGAGCACGGCUUCUGACGUCCCGGCGGCCGCUGACAGAGAUUCAGUGAAUCAAGGCUCCGUGCCGUACUUAUGUUUCAAUAAUUCACGGACUUUUCAUUGAUUUCACUCCAAUGGCUCUCUCUCGACUUGGCACCGAGAGCCAAAUUGAGCGAUUACCAGUAUUUCAUCAGGUUGUGGAGGUUAUUUGUGAAUGUCACCUUGUUUUUUGUACGGGUGUGAGAUGUGAAAUUGGUGUAAAGUGAAUGUGGGCCAAACGUGUGUACAUGAAUAUCUUGUGCUUUUGUUGUUCAUAAUGAGUCCUCUUCAUAAUGUUGCUAUCAAUUUUUGUUAGUUAUGUUGUUUAUUCGAUGUCUUUUAGUCAAUAAAACGAAAAAUAUUGGUAUACCUUCUCAAUGAAUGUUAAUUUAAAUUCUUCAUUUACAGUUACAAACCUAAAUCUUUUAGUGUUAUAUGCUCUUUAUGUAUUACAGUUUCUUUUGCCAGUAAUCAUGAAAAGGUCUGGUUGAAUGUAAACUAUUUUUAAUUUUAUGCUUAAAAGUCCUGUAACCUAUUAAUAAUGGGACACAGAAACAAAACUUUUAAUAAAUUAUGUAUAA